AUGAACGUUUUUUCCGUAUUUGCUCUUGGUCUCCUCUUGGCGAUCAUCACUGAGACAUACUGCACUCCCGGAGGUCUCGGUCCACAGGAGUAUGCAGGGCCCGGCGAACAGGCCCUCGUUCAAAAGAAUAGGGACGCCAUUAUCCGUAAAUUACCAUCGUAUAUGAACGGACCUUUCGGACCUUUGAAGGCUCAAGUGUUUAGAAAGCAGGUUGUGAGAGAAACAAACUACUUUAUCAAGGUAAAAAUGCAAGGUACUCGCCCUCGGUACUUACAUGUGAAGAUAUACACAGGUCUGAAUAAUCGUAGUAAGGUGGAGGAUGUCAAAGUUGUGGCUCAGUAUGACCCAAUCGUAUACUUCUAA